UUGUCUUCUGCCGCGUGUUCAUUUUUUGUUAGAACUCCAUUAGUGCUCGUUGCGUAGAAAUGGACGGAGAAAGUCAACAACUUAUUGCAGAUUGUUUUUUGAGAACUAUCGUUAAUCCUAGAGCUACCAAUGCUCCUCUUGAACCACCGCCCACUAAGCAGCCCGUCAAGGCGGAACUGCAAAUACUUCGGCUUAAGGACGAAUCGCAAAUCCUUAUUAUGGAUACGUUGCGGGCGAUCCAUGGAGAAUCGUUCCAGUUGGGGGAUAUUUCGAAGUACGAAGACAAAGGUGGUCGUAUGAAGAAAGCUUUCUGGCAAGACCGAGGAAAUUUGGUCAUACAAGGUGGAUUCGAUUACUCAAACGCUCCCCGCACCGGAAAUAGUAACGAGGAUAAGUUUCGCAUGUAUGCCGUUAUGAAACUACAAAGCUAUGGGUUCCAUCGCUCGCAUUGUGAAGAAGCGCUCGACCACCAUAACGGUGACACCGAUAGUGCCCUAGCGUUAUUGUUCUCGAAGUACUUUCCACCGCCGAAAGAACUGCAACCGCCAACAGAAGAAUAUAAUGAAGACGAGCUGAGUACCUUGCGAGCUGAUGAACGGGAGGCUCUAGAAUCGAUCUACGAUAAGCUGUUCGUGGAGAAGGAACAUAACCGAGUGUGGCAGCUCAAAUUUAAAAUAGAUCACCUUCUCCGACAUAGCCCAUCCGAAGUGAAAAAGCAAGCGGAACGCGAACGGCAACAGGCCGAAGAGGACAAGCGGCGCUUGCUUGACGAGUUGGCCAAGAAGAAAAAAGCAAAGAAGGAAAAAUGUUGGAACUUUGCGAAAGGAAAGUGCCGGUAUGGCAAUCGAUGCUUUUAUUCUCACGAAUUGGAUGAACCAGCAGAAGACGAAAAGAAGAACGUUAGAAAAGGUGACAAAACUGCCGAGGAGGAUCCUAACUGGUUCUAUUUGGAAAUACGAUUCCCGCCUGGGAACCGAUAUCCGUUUGAACGCCCUAUUUUGUUGUUGAAAACUACUUGUUCCGACAUUCCGGAACAGCUGUGCCUUCGAGUGAACCGCCGUCUGUUGCAAGAAUGCGUCGACCUGACGAAGGAUGGCAUGCCUUGCAUCUAUUCGGUUGCGGAUUUGUUGCAGAACGAUACCGAAAUUGGUCAGUUCAUCGAGCAAGAUCGAUACCAGUUUCCCGACGGUCGGAGAUCGCUGUUCUUCGAGCCGGAACAAGAUACAGCAGAAGACGCAAUGGUGGAAAGUUUGCCGACGCAUCAUCAACGAGGGGCAACCGGUAGACAGAACGGUCCCAGGAUGAACCCAGAACAGGUGAUGAAAGAAGACCGGAAUAUUGUACGAAAGUUCAUGGAUAAGCAAACGAAUGCCGCGUAUAAGGAUAUGAUCAAGAACCGACGAAAUCUGCCAGCGUGGACGAAAAUGACCGAAAUUAUCGAACUCAUGGAAUCACAUCAGAUUCUCGUCAUUAGCGGUGAGACGGGAUGUGGAAAGUCAACGCAAGUACCUCAGUUCCUGCUCGACGAUUGGCUGUUACAGUCAUCCAAGCUAGGGCCAAAGGAUACCCUUCGGCAUGUGGAGAUCAUUUGCACACAACCGAGACGGCUGUCGGCUAUAGGUGUUGCGGAACGCGUGGCCGAAGAACGUAAUGAAAAAAUAGGCAACACCGUUGGGUAUCAGAUUAGGCUGGAAAACAAAGUUUCGUCCUCCACUCGGCUAACCUUUUGCACCACGGGAAUUCUCCUUCGCCGGUUACAAUCUGAUCCAACGCUGGCAUCCGUCACGCACAUUAUCGUCGACGAGGUCCACGAACGAAGCGAAGAGUCCGAUUUUCUGCUGCUUAUACUGAAAGAGCUACUGUCGAAGCGAACUGACCUGAAAGUGAUCCUCAUGUCGGCAACGUUAAACUCAAACCUCUUCUCGAGCUACUUUGGCGACAUACCUGUGUUGGAUAUUCCGGGCCGAACGUUUCCAGUGGAGCAAUUGUUCCUGGAGGACAUCCUCGAGCGGAGUGGAUUUGUGCUGGAACCUGAUUCUCAAUUUUGUCGAAAACUGCGCAAAGGAGAGCACGAACUUUUGAUGCAAGAGCUAGAAUAUUCAGACGUGAAAGCUGCCAAUGCAGCCCCAGCCAAAACGAUCCGAGAUGAAAACUUAAAAAUGGCCGAUAUGUUUGCUCGUUAUGCAGAUUACUCGAAACAAACGUGCAAGGCGUUGUAUCUUAUGGAUCCUCUACGAAUCAAUCCCGAGUUUAUUGAACACGUGCUGACGUACAUCGUGGACGAUAACUCGCACAGCUGGCCGAAGGAGGGCUCGAUAUUAAUCUUCCUGCCUGGCCUGGCAGAAAUCCAAUCCAUACACGAAGCGCUCACCGAGAGCAAGCUUUUCGGCCCACGCGGUGAACGGUUCGUGUUGAUUCCGCUUCACUCGAUGCUGACGAACGAAGAACAAGCGAUGGUCUUCCGUAAGCCGCCCAAGGGAAAACGAAAAAUCGUGCUCAGUACAAACAUUGCCGAAACGUCCGUCACCAUCGACGACUGCGUGUUCGUGAUCGACUGUGGGCAGAUGAAGGAAAAACACUUCGAUUCCAACCGAAACAUGGAGUCGCUGGAAAUGGUGUGGGUUUCGCGGGCGAAUGCUCUACAACGGAAAGGUCGUGCCGGUCGAGUGAUGCCCGGUGUCUGCAUUCACUUGUACACUCGGCCUCGGUUUUCGCACCACAUUCUUGGCCAGCCGGUCCCGGAGAUCCACCGUAUACCGCUCGAACCGCUGUUGCUGCGUAUAAAAACGUUGCCCACUUUGCAGGAACGCGGCCUGCAGGAGGUGCUCGGUGCCAUCAUCGAGCCGCCGAGCGUGGAAAACAUUCAAGCGGCCAAAAAACGGCUCAUCAACGUGGGAGCAUUCGAUCUGGACGAGCAGCUGACCCCACUCGGUCAUCAUCUCGCUGCCCUGCCCGUAGACGUGCGGAUAGGCAAGUUGAUGCUGUUCGGAGCGAUCUUCCAGUGCCUGGACAGUGUGCUGACGAUCGCGGCAAUUCUCAGCUACAAGAGCCCGUUCGUAUCGCCGUUCAGUAAACGUGACGAGGCCGACAACCGCAAGAGGCAGUUUGCGAUAGCGAACAGCGAUCAUCUGACAAUGCUCAAUGCUUACCGCCGGUGGAUCGAGGCGGCACAGAAAAGUCGAUACGCUGGGCAAUGCUUCGCGGAGGAAAAUUAUCUCUCAGGGAAAACGCUAAGCACGAUCGGUGAAAUGAAAUAUCAGUUCCUCGAGCUGCUCGUUUCGAUCGGCUUUGUGCCGAUCGAUCUUUCAGGACGAAACCGAGCCAAGAGGCAGCAGUUGGACGAUUUGCUGAAAAUUACCGGGGCGCAAAUCAACGUCAACGGAACGAACAACCGGCUGCUGGCGGCGAUUCUAUGCGCCGCUCUCUACCCGAACGUGGUGAAGAUUCUCACCCCGGAAAAGAGUUUCGUAACGGGGGCCGUAGGGGCAGUGCCCCGUCUGCCGCAGGCUUCCGAUUUGCGCUUUAAAACGCAAGAGGACGGCUACGUCAGCCUGCAUCCGUCGUCCGUGAACGCUACCGUGGGUAACUAUGGAUCGCCUUUUCUGGUGUACCAGGAGAAGAUAAAAACAUCUCGGAUUUUCAUCCGCGAAUCGACGAUGGUGCCACUGUUACCGAUGGUGCUCUUCUCGGGAAGUGAUCUGCAGAUUGAGCUGCACGGAGGCGAUUUUGUGAUAUUGUUGGAGAGCGGUUGGCUUAUGCUGCAGGCCGCAACGCACCAAAUUGCCGAGAUGGUAAAGUUCCUUCGGCUGGAGUUGGCCAAAAUGUUGGAACUAAAAAUAAGCGAUCCACUGUUGAAUUUGAUGAACCACGAACAAGGAAAACGGGUCAUCGAUACAAUUGUGCACCUCAUUAGCAAAGAGUAGCGCUAGCAAUGUUUUAAUGUGUAACCAGUGUAU